CCACCGCCCCUGCCUUCUUCUCCCCUCUCCCUUUCUCUCUCUUCUUUCUUCUCUCGAAUUCCGCUGCACCAUGCAGAAAACGAUCCUCUACAGAGAUUGCCUCCCCGCCGCGGCGGCGGCGCCGGGCGGAUCGGGCGAUCCGGCGGCGAGCGGCGCCAAAAGCGCGAGAAAAGUGGUGGAGGAAAAUGCGGCGGUGGUGUUCGCGAGGAAAGGCUGCUGCAUGUGUCACGUGAUUAAGCUGCUGCUUCACGGACACGGCGUGAACCCUACGAUUCUUCAAGUGGAUGAGCAGCGCGAAGGCGAACUCGCCGAGGAAUUGACGAAAAUCACCGGCGAUUCGGCGCCGGUGUUGCGGUUUCCGGCGGUGUUUUUCGGAGGAAAACUGUUUGGAGGACUGGAGGAGAUCAUGGCUGCUCAUAUUUCGGGUGAGUUAGUUCCUAGAUUGAGAGAGGCUAGGGCUUUGUGGCUGUGAUUUUCGAUCUGAUUUGCUAAUUCUCGUAUAGUUUCGGAUUCGGAUCGGUAUGUUCUAGAAAUUUCGAAGAACAAUUGCAGAAAUUUCCUUUGCUAGUUGCUGAUUAUGUGAAGAAAAUUCUACUCGGUUAAUUAAUCUGCAUAUGGUUUUUGUAUUGUU